UAAAUCACUUACUGUAAAUUGCCAAUACUUAAAUGUGUUUAUGAUACUUACAUUUACCAUCCCACUUUAAAGUAAGAUGGUAAAUGGCAUUUUAAGUAACAAACAUUGGAAAUAAGUAUGCUUUAAUUUAAGUACUUUUAUUCUAGUUUUGGGAAACGUACUUUACCCAUUUUUAAUACUUACAUUUUAAAGCUGUUUCAAAAUUAAGUAUCGUUUUCCCUAAUUUAAGUACUUUUAAUACCAUAAGUUCUUUAGUUAACUACGUUGCACACUGACGCAGACGAUUGCUAAAUAAAAGUCGUCAAAAUUGCAAGUAUCUUGCAACGUAAAUCUGACGAAUUUUGAUGAUCAAACAGUACGAUUGAACUGCUGUCAAUUCAAGAGAAAUUAGACAGUUUAUUAUGGCUAACGUUGUGAAGUGCUCUAUGUGUCCUAUGUUAAUAUCGAGUGAAAAUCCCUCUACGUUUUUUGACCACGUCAGAUUAAAUCACAGGAAUACUGGAAAGUUUCAUGUUGUUUGUAAAUAUCCUGACUGUCUUGACGAGUACAAUUUGUACAUUUCCUUCAAACGUCACUGGUACAAAAACCAUGGUCGUCGUGCAUUAGUAACCGUUCCAAACCAUCCACUUGUGAAUCAUGAUAGAGAUGGGCAGCUGCUGGAAGCAGUUAACGAUAACAUUCAAAUUGAGAAUCUUUACAGAGACAACAACAUACCUGAUGUACAACACAACUCUCAUCAUCAUGUGAUUGAAAAAAGUCUGCUGUCAGUCAAUGAUAAUGAUGAAAUUCUGGAAAGAUGUGAAGAAACAAUUGAGCCAGUUGAUGAGCACAGAGAUAGCACAUCAGAGAAUUCUACAAUUAUGCUACAAAAUCCUCAUCGGGAAAUUCAAUUGGUGAAAAAUGCUGCACCUGAUGAUGGGGACUUUGGAGAUUUGGAAUGCUGGGAAGCUGGUAUAUUACUUUUGCUAAGGCAACGGUACUUUCUCCCCUUUGAUGCCUUGCAAGAAGUAUCAGUAGCCAUACACGAGUAUUAUGAAAUGAAAUUAGAAAAAUUAAAGGAAAAAUUAAGUGCUUUAUUGAAGGGGAACCCCGUUAUUGGAAGUCAAGAGUUCCAAGACACGUUCCUUCACCUUCGUUACGAGGAAGAGUUGACGCGCCACCGGAUAGAAGCUUCAUGGAAGAAAUAUUUCCCAUGCAUUAUACCGAAGUCAUUUUAAAUCCCGGUGAGCCACUGUAUGACUGGGUGAAUGAUUAUAAUCUUGGUCAAAUACUGGAUGAGGUUUUCGAAACUGGUUAUAUCAUACCCUUCCUAGAAUCCCUGCAACAGUUUCUCUCAAUCAGAGAGGUGUUCGAGUCAGUUAUGUUAAACUUUGCUUCUAAUAACUCAGCAACUGAUCCAGUUGAUCAUAUUUCUGACGUAUGCACUGUUAAAAAAACGUACUUUUUCCGGUAAUUAACCCCCCCUAAAAUCGGUAGUUUUACCUAAAAACGGUGGUUUUCAAUUUUUACGAAAAAAACGGUGAUUUUUCACCCGAAAUAAACAAUGUGGGUUUUACACACCAGAUAACGGGGUUGUCGCAUCAGACAAUGGUGUUCGCGAACUAAUAAAUGGUGCAGCUACCCCGAAAAGUGGCGCUGUUAAUUGUUUA